GUAGAACAUGGUAAUAAAAUAACAAUUAAACUCUGUGUUUGUAUGUUACGGAAGCGAGAAACGUUAAAGAGAAACAAAGAAAAAAGUAGGGAUAAGAAGCGAUUCGCUAUGCGAGUCAAGUUAGCACGUGUAUGUGUCGAAACGUGCUUCUUUCCUCUACUUUAUUAAUAGAUUUAAGAAUGUACAUUAGAUAUUUGUGAUUAUUAGUAUACUUCUAUUGAAAUUUACAUAUAAACUGAUACUUGAAAUUGAAUAAUAGUAGUUAUAUAUUACGACGCCAAUAUAUGUAGAGGCAGUUAAUAGUAGUAGCGGUCAAAAUGGCGAACGCGGCUUGUACCGCGUUUUCUCAAGACGGUCAAUAUUUUGCUUAUUGUGGCAGUGAUGGAAAAUUGAAGAUUUGGGAGACAGCAACGAGCAGACUUAAGCAAGAAUACGUACCAAAUUUACAUCUUUAUUCGCCAUGUAGUGUCUUAUGUUGGAUCUCCGUAAAUACUCAGGCAACGAGCACGUCGCUCUCACCAUGGAAGAAACGUAGAAGGAAGUUAAUCUCAGAAGAGGUAGAACAAAAAGGAAUUAUUGCUAUGGGAUCUAUAAAUGGAAAGAUCACUUUAUAUGAUACUGCAGCUGCUGCUGUUUGUGGUCAAUUAGAAAAUGGCCAUUCAUCAUGUGUAACAGCUUUGACUUGGUCGGCAAAUUGUGGUUUAUUUACAGCCGCAGAUGAUUAUCAUAUAGUUGAAUGGAAUAUUAAAGAAAAUGGGAUAAAAUGUAAAUGGAAAUCUGGUAAGGCAAAAGUUACAGCCUUAGCAGUAAUGCAAGAUGGAAAAUCCAUGAUCUCUGCAGAAAGAAUAAUCAAAUGGUGGAAUUUGUCCACAAAGCAAAUCAUUAGGACUUUUACUGGACAUGCUGGUCAAGUUACUUCUUUAAAUCCAAUAACAGUGAACAAAAAUGCUAGUUAUUUAAUCAGUGGAGCAAGUGAAGAUGGAUAUCUUAAUAUAUGGGCUCUAGAUGAAACCAAGAAUGAUAAAUGUUCUGUGGCCACAUUAGCGAUGCAAGAUGAAGCUUUAUCUGUUUCUGUACAUGUGAAUGAAGAGUCUCAAGUAAUGGUAUUAGCCAUUACUAGGUCAGGACAAGCACAUGUCUUUAAAUAUCAACCUAAUGGACGUUCUAAGCCUCUGAAGCCUACACUGAAUAUUGCAGUUGCUUCAGAUGUACAUCAGAAAGAAACUAUACAGCAGAUUCCUAUUCUUAUGGCAAAAUUGAUAGAAAACGAAAAAUUAUUGUUAGCAUAUGGUUCUUAUAUGAACCUGACAUUUGAAAAAGUUACACCAGAUUUUUCAGAUAAAAUACAGUAUUUAAUACGUUCCGAAGUGAAAAGAACAAAAGAAAGGAAAGAGGAAUCAGUUACAAAAGUAAAAGCCACCAUUACAGAAGAUAAUGUAGAAUAUAUUGUACCUGGAGCAGGAAGUACAGCAACAAAAAGAAAUAGAACCAGUUCAGCAGGUUCUCAAUUACCUUUGAAAGAUAGAUUGGAAAAUCUUAGUUUGAAUGUAGAAACAAAUGCUAUAGGUAGGACUCCUUCAAAAGGAGCUAAUAUGAUACAGUUGUUGAUGCAAGGAUUAAAUAGCAAAGAUAGGACAAUUUUAAAUAAUGUAUUAUUUACUAAAAACGAAAGAAUAAUUAGGAACACUAUUGCCAAAUUGCCUAUCCAAGCAAUAACACCUCUGCUUAAAGAAUUAUGCGCAAUGUUACAAUGCAAAACAUAUCCGAGUAAGAUAGCUACUAUGUGGUUGCAAAUAUUGAUAACAACGCAUGCAGCACAUCUCCUAUCACAUCCAGAUAUUGGAGAAUCACUUAGUCCUAUUUUGAGUUUGAUUGAUGCAAAACUAAUGUUAUUAACACAAAUAUCCAGAUUAAGAGGACGUGUUUCGCUUAUAACAGGACAAAUAACUAGAAGCAAAGAAGAACAAGACAAUAAUAUAAUGGAGGAGACUUUGCUUGUUUAUCAAGAUGCAGAUUCAUCUGACGAAGGUCCGGCUGUGGAAGAGGUAGACCUAGAAAGUGAAUCAGAUGAAAAUUGGGAGGAAAUGUCUGAUCAAGAAGAACAAGAAGAGCAUAAUGAAGAUGACAAUAAAAGUGUUAUAUCUAAAGAUGAAAAUGAUUCUAUAAGCAGUUGAAUUUUUAUCGUCAUUGUACGAUUAUUUGUCAUAAAUGAUAAAUGUUUAAUCCCAAUGUAAAUUAUAAGAUAGAAUUUAUUUUUAGAUCCGACUUUGAGUUCCUGAGGGCCGUGAAUAGUAAAUAUGAGUGGCGGCAAUAAUAUUGUACGAAAUCCUUAAAUAGAAUGUAUCUACAAUCUUUUCGUGUCUCCAAAUUGGAUUUUGGGCCAUUUAAGAUGUAAUUUUACAAUCUGUUUAGGGUUUAUACCAAACAAUUAUUCAUAAUACUUAUGAAUAUACUUAUUGUAAAAACUGA